GGAAAAUGGCAGCGACUGUCGCAGCGUUCGAGGUGGAGGAGCUCAGAAAGAAGCUGCAGGAUGCAAGCCUGAGCGAGAGCGAGAAGAAGGAGACAGAGGAGAAGAUGUCGGCCAGACAGAAGGAGCUCGAGCAGUUGAAGAGCGCCAAGAAGUCCCCGGGCAGCAUUGCCAACCCUUACUCCAAGAGUCUGUACAUGCGAGCGGCGAUACGGGAUGUUCUGUCAGGGGACGAGGGGGUGUCUCUGAUCGGAGAGACGAUUGUUGUGGGAGGAUGGGUGAAGACAGGAAGAACAGCUGAGAAAGGCGCCUUCACCUUCCUUGAGAUCAACGACGGCUCCUGCCCGACCAGUUUGCAAGUGCUUGUCAAGGCUGAGAUUGAGAACCCAGACAGGAUCAAGCAGACGGGCGUCUGUGUGGUGGUGGAAGGAGAGCUGAAGGCUGCUCCCGCUGAAUCGAAGCAGAAGACCGAGCUCCAUGUUUCCAAGAUGCUCCAUGUGGGAACUUGCGAGGCGGCCGCCUAUCCUAUCGCCAAGAGCAAGCUUAGCCUCGAGUUUCUGCGCGAGAAGAUCCAUCUCCGCGUGAGGACCAACACCAUCGCUGCCAUCCAACGCGUGCGCAACUGCCUCGCCUUCGCCACCCACAGGUUUUUCCAGGAGAGCGGGUUCCAGUACGUGCACACCCCGAUCAUCACAGCCAGCGACUGCGAAGGAGCGGGAGAGAUGUUUCAGAUCACGACGAUGCUCGCAGCAGCGGAGGAGGCGGGCAAGAAGCCUCCUCCUACUGAGGAGUACAUUGCCAGCCUCAAGGCAGCCGCGUCUGCUGCUGGCAGCAAGGUCGCGGAUAUCAAGAAGGCGAGCAAGGAGGGGUCGGACGAGGACAAGGAGAAGGCGAAGCAGGACUUGAAGCCGGCGCUUGACGAGCUCAUGGCAGCUAAGAAGGCGGUGGAGGAAGCAGAAGCAGCGGCGAAGAACGUGGGUGGACUCCCUCGUACCGCAACCGGAGGCAUCGACUACUCCACGGACUUCUUUGGGCAGCCAGUCAACAUGACGGUAUCUGGUCAGCUGCAGGCGGAGAUCUACGCCUGUGCGAUGACGUCAGUCUACACCUUCGGGCCCACGUUCCGAGCUGAGAACAGCCACACCUCUCGCCACCUUGCUGAGUUCUGGAUGAUCGAGCCCGAGAUCGCCUUCGCCGACCUCUUCGACGUUAUGCAGUGCGCCGAGGACUACGUUCGCUACUGCUGCGUUCGUGUGCUCGAGGAGUGCAUGGAUGACCUCGUCCUUCUCUCCAAGAUGUACGACAAGGGAUGCAUCGACAGAGUUCGCGCAGUAGCCUCGCAGCCUUUUGGAAGAUGUAGCUAUACAGAGGCGAUCGAGAUCUUGAAGAAAGCUGUAGCAAAUGGACACAAGUUUGAGAACAAUGAGAUCGAGUGGGGAAUGGACAUGGGAUCGGAGCAUGAGAGAUACAUCUCGGAGAAAGUCUUCAAGAAGCCAGUUUGCUGUUACAACUAUCCCAAGGCGAUCAAGGCAUUCUACAUGAGGGCUAACGAGGACGGGAAGACUGUUGCCUCCAUGGACGUUCUUGUGCCAGGUGUCGGGGAGCUCAUCGGGGGCUCUCAGCGUGAGGAGAGGUAUGAAGUCCUCGUCAGCCGCCUUGAGGAGCUCAAUCUUGACCCCAAGGUCUACGAGUGGUACACGGACCUGAGAAAGUUUGGCACGUGCGUUCACUCCGGCUUCGGUCUCGGCUUCGAGCGCCUGAUCCUUUUCUGCACUGGCAUGGAGAACAUUCGAGACGUCAUCCCCUUCCCUCGCUGGCCAGGAAACGCUCGUGGAUAAUCGCAUUCUUGCAUGUUCGAUCAGCAGGUUUGUUUCUCAAUACAAUUACACUUGAAAGG